UAGCCGAUGUCAGUCAACUACAAUGGAUGCCGAGGGUCUGAGCGGCGACCUGGAGCUUCUGAGCUGCUGUGGAGUGGUUCUCAGUGUGGAGCAGAGAACCCAGCUCCAGUCUUCUCUAGUUAUUCUCCGGAAAAAGUGCAAGUUCCAGCAGGUCCAGCUGUGGGGAGUGAUUCAUGGAGUUAGCGCUGACUACUUCAUAGCAGUCGGCCUUGGUCGAGAUGAGUUGGGAGACAGGAAGUACCUCUACAGCCAAGACUGUAAGCAGUGGUCCCAGCUGCCUCAGGCUGACCGCAGUCUCAGAGACAAGUGUGCCCAAUUGCAAGGCCGUUUUACGGGCAGACCGGAGCAUGUGCAUGAGCAGCAGGUGCUAGAACGAGUGGAAGAUGGGGAGAAUGCACAGGAGACCACUACAACAGUUGAGGUUCAGGAGGUGGACCGACUGGCAGCUGUAGUGUAUAGCAUUCAGCAAGACAGUGCAGCAGUACCCAAGGGUGCAUACAUGCAAACACAUGAUGGAGCUGUUGUACGUAACAAAUCCUUCCACGGGCUUUCCCUGGCAGAGGCUAGUCGCUGCAGUUAUUACCUACACUUUUCACCUCCUCAGUCCUCCUCUGUCAACAAUGACAUCCACAAGCUCUUUCUCUAUCAGGAUACCGUUGACAAAGAUCAGCCUCCAGGGUGUUGGAGUGUGACAAAGGAGCAGGGUGGCGACACGGUGCUCCUGAGAAAUCUCUUCUGGCCAGGCCAAGUGGUCUACCACAAGCCUCAAACUAGCACUUUUGGCCACUUCUACAGUGGCACUGGUGAGAAGACAACGGAUCUGCUGUUCAUGCUCUAGAGGGACUCCAACAUAAACCAUACUCAUUGCUAUAGUACAUACCACCCUUUUGAACUCUCCCAGCACAUCAAACUACCCGUAUGCAGUUACAAACUUUUUAGUAGUAAAUCAUGACGUAAUACUAAAUGUAGUAGGGAUACACAAUAGCAACAAUAAGAGAGUUAUUAAGAGAGAGUAGUAGGGAUCUCGGCAAUCCUGAGCUCAGUGGCUCCAAACGGCAAUAAGGUCAGUUGCUGGAGAGGAGCAGACGUUUUUAUGGGUGAAUGCAGAGGAGGUGGUGCUGCAUUCAGAGUUUCCUGCCAGGAGUCAAGCUGUCUUCCCUAGAGAGACAGCCAGCCUUAAAACUGCAGUGAUGAAUGAGGUGCUUACUGCAGCAGAGAUGGCAAUGGGAGCUCCUCGGAGUGAGAAUGGAGGGACUCCAAUCUCGAGUCCACUGGAAGAGACCUUGAGGUCCUGCUCCGGCUGGCUGUCAUUGCUGAGUCUCAGAGCAUAGUUCCAUGGAGUGCCUGCUGUGAUCUGGUAGUCUUUGCUCUGGAACUUGUAGCUCUCCAACACCUUAAAGUUCUCUUUCAUUGCCAAGCCAAAGAGGAGGGGGCUGUUAGAGAGUACAGUUAUAGCAUAAUUACAGUGGCGCAUUUAUAUACCCAUAGUGGAUAGCUGCCG